UGGGAGUAUCUAUAAGGUUACAAUACGAGUAACAAAUUUUGGAUCUUUUUUAUUAGUAAUAAUUUCUUCCAUGUAUUCUACAGAGGAUUAAACAAAAUUUAUCUUACUGGGAAGUUUGAAAACCCUAUAAUCUCUUUUCCCAGGCAAUGUUUAUUUUUUGCUGCUGUUAUUGUCUUCUGUCAUUUAGGUAGUUCUUGCGAGUUUUGUCUCUGAAAUCAUAGAUAGCAAAUCAUGGGAUCUUGUGAGAAAGUACUGCAUUAAAAUGUGGAAUUAAACUAGAGAGAUAAUUAAGCUUACUUUACAUUUGAUCGGCUCACUGUAUUAUUAGAGCCAUAAAGAACAAAUGAUGUAAAUAGAAUUUGAUCUUAAAUGCUGGACACUACUUCGUAUCAACUAAGCUUGUAGAUUUGUAAUUGUUUCCACUUAAACAACAAACACAAUAUCAUACGAGUAUUAUUCAUAUAUUGCUCGAGCUAAUAACUAGUUUAUAAGGUCUACGUCCGAGAAGGAUUCAUCAAUGUGUCACUCUUUGGAGAUAAAAGUGACCUGUACCAGUCUACCCUCACUUCCUUAGUCUGCUGGCUUGUUUUGUAUUGUAUCGUUGAAUGUUGGCAAAGUGCAUUAACACUGGCAGCUUACAUCAAACUUUGAUCACUUUACUCGAUCACCCCACCGUUUCAUUUCCAUUACUCAGCCAAAUCCAUGCUUUAUUAAUAUCUUCUGGACUUUCAAAGCGCCACCCUUUUGCCUCCAAACUCUUCUCUUUCGUUGCAGAUUCUGGCAAUGCUGAUUACACUCACAGAUUACUGCUGCACAACCCCAGCAACUCUGUUGUGCAUUGGAACAGAGUUAUCAGGCUUUUCUGUAACACCCCAACUCCCUAUAAUUCCAUCAAUGUUUUUGUUGAAAUGCAGCGAUUUGGGGUUGUUCCUGAUUACUUUACUUUCCCUUCUUUAGCUAAGGCCUCGGCCCGCCUUGGUUCGAUUGAGCAUGGGGUGUCUUUGCAUUGUGUUGUGUUCAAGAGUGGGUAUGAAUUGGAUGUAUUUAUUCAGAAUUCUCUCAUUCAUAUGUAUGCUUCAUGUGGGGAGAUUUUGUAUGCACGUAAGGUGUUUGAUGAAAUGCCUCAAAGGACGACUGUAACAUGGAAUUCAAUGUUGGAUGGGUAUGCUAAGUGUGGGGACUUGGAGAGGGCACAAGAAGUGUUUGAGUUUGCUCCUGUUAAGGAUAUCGUGUCGUGGAGCUCUCUUAUUGAUGGGUAUGUUAAAGGGGGUGAGUAUGGAGAAGCUAUGAAGGUCUUUGAGAGGAUGGAAGUAGAGGGGGAUAUAAAGGCUAAUGAGGUGACUAUGGUGAGUGUUUUGGGUGCAUGCUCUCAUUUAGGUGCCCUUGAGCAGGGUAGAUCGAUGCAUCGUUACAUAAUUGAGAAUAAACUGCCUUUAAAUCUUGUGCUGUUAACUUCUCUUGUUGAUAUGUAUGCCAAAUGUGGAGCAAUAGAGGAGGCCUUGGUUUUGUUUAGAGGGAUACCGAAGGAUAAGACCGAUGUUUUGCUAUGGAAUGCAAUUAUUGGAGGGCUUGCAAGCCAUGGCUAUGUGCAAGAGUCGUUAGAUUUAUUUGCAGAAAUGUUAAUGGUACAAGUUGUGCCUAAUGAAAUAACUUACUUGUGUCUCUUAUCUGCUUGUGCUCAUAGAGGAUUGGUGAAGGAAGCUUGGGAGUUUCUUGAUUCUCUCGAGAGAAGUGGCAUGAAACCCAAGUCUGAGCAUUAUGCUUGUAUGAUAGAUGUUUUGGCAAGGGCAGGUCAGGUGGUAGAGGCUUAUGACUUUAUGAACAAAAUGCCUUUGGAGCCAACCCCUGCCACACUGGGUGCACUCCUUAGUGGUUGUAUGAGCCACGGAAGGUUAGACCUUGCAGAACAACUAGGGAAGAAGCUUGUUGAAGUUGACCCUCACCAUGAUGGCAGAUAUGUGGGCUUGUCUAAUGUGUAUGCUGCGAUAAGACGCUGGGAUGAGGCAAAGAUGAUGAGGCAAACUAUGGACAUCACAGGGAUGAAGAAGUUUCCUGGCUUCAGUUGUGUGGAAAUUUCAGGGGCCCUUGAGAUGUUUAAAGCACACGAUAGAUGGCAUCCAAAUUCAGCAGAGAUUGUUAUGAUGAUAAAUUUUAUUUUUAGGCAAAUGAAGAAGGUUUCAGAUUGUGAUGAAGGGAACAUGUUAUACUAGGUUGCUGGAGACCUGGGUUUUACCGUCUUCAAGCGAUUAUUAUGCAUGGGACAAGAAAAUGAAGGCAGUAUGGUGUUUAGAUGGUUUCCAACGGUUUUAGCUGUAAUCUCCUUUUGAGCUUCAUAUUCCCUGCAUCCAGCCAUUCAUGAGGAGCUGCAUAAAAAUACUUAAAUACUUCACAUGGGGAAUGAUUUUGAGGAUCACAGCUGAGUGGAGCCUUAGGCAGUUGAGCAGGACAUUUUUCUGUAUCUUCUCCGCCACCUUGGUUCGGUAAAAGCUUUGGGUGUUGGAAGUGGGAUAAAUUUCAGCAUCUCUAACCAGUGGCAUCGUGUCUUAAAAUAGUGGGCAGACAUCGACUUGUGCUUUUUGAACAGACAAUAUGGAUGUCGAUUGAGGAUAAAAGAAAAGGUUGCAGUUUUCUAGUACAAUCAACUGUCAGUAGCUAAGUGGUUGCUUUGUUCAUGAGUGCUGAAUAUAAAAGCUGCAUUUCCAAUUUUUAUCAUACUGGUAGAACUUUGAUUUCCAUUGGUCCUAGCAGUAAAAACAUGAAUGAGGUGACUCUUCUCUUUUUCACACCAGAUAACUGUUAAUGUUGCUUGAUAAUCUGCUUGUUUUUCUAUCAUAAUCUUUCUUUGAUAAAGUGGUCACCUGAAA